ACAUGUUACGUGCAUGGCAUGGCGUCGCCAUCUCACUCGUUGUUCUUCAGCUGCGAAGCUCCCCUCGCUUCGCUCGCCACUCUCAUCUCCAAAUCCAUCUCUCCGAACAUCCGCAAAGCUCGCCAGCUCCAUGCUUUCAUCCUCACCUCCACUCCACCAUGCUCUUCUCCAUUCCUUAACAACAAUCUCCUCUUACUCUACUCCAAAUGCGGCUCCUUUUCGGACGCCCGCAAACUGUUCGACAGAAUGCCCACAAGAAGUGUUGUGUCAUAUAAUACCAUGAUCUCCUCCUACUCCAGAGACUCUCGGCACACCGUCGCCGCCUUCAACCUCUUCCGUCACCUCUUCGUCGUUGGCCUCAAUCCUAAUGCUUCCACUUUCUCGAGUCUCAUACUUGCUGCUCAUGCUUUCCGCGGUUUAUCCACUGGUGCUGCCAUCCAUUCAUUGGUCAUUGGUUCGGGUUUUUUGAACAAUGUAUGUGUCCAGACCACGCUUCUUGGGUUCUACUCUGAAUGCGGGAGGUUGAAAGAUGUUGACUUUAUAUUUAGUGAGAUGGUUGACAAGGAUGUUAUUGCCUGGAAUUCUGUGAUUUUUAGUCAUGUGAAGAACGGUAGCGUUGAACAGGGAUUGAGAUUGUUUUCCAGCAUGAUUGGGGAUGGUUUGUUACCAUCAAACUGUACUUUUUCUACUGUUUUGAGUGCUUGUGGAAAAGUUGGAGACUUGAUUAAAGGUCGGCUUGUGCAUGGGCUGGUGAUCAAAUCUGAAUGCCCACAUGAUUUACGGUUGCAUAAUGCAUUGCUUGAUAUGUAUUCGAGCUGUGGCGACAAUGGAUCAGCAAUAUCUGUUUUUGAGAGAAUAGAGAAGCCAGACUUGGUUUCAUGGAAUUCGGUGUUAGCUGGGUAUUCUGAUGCAGGUGAUGGUCAGAUGGCAAUGCGUGUGUUUGUUCAAUUACAAGAGAUGUCUCGGUAUGGAGGACUGGUUCCGGAUGAGUAUACUUUUGCAGCUGUUGUUACUGCUACUGCAGCAUUGCCUUCGAUUUGUUAUGGCAAAGCUUUUCACGGGCAGGUUACUAAAGCAGGUCUGGAGGAUAGUGUUUUUGUUGGAAAUACGUUAAUUGGUAUGUACAUUAAGAAUGAUGAGCCACAUUCAGCUCGGAAGUUGUUCAACUCCAUUCAGGAAAAAGAUAUUGUACUAUGGACAGAAAUGAUUGUAGGACAUUCAAGAUUGGGUGAGGGUGAAUUAUCCCUUAGGUACUUUUAUUAUAUGCUAGAUGGAGGAUAUAAAGCCGACAGCUUUGCGUUUAGUGGUGCUUUGAAUUCAUCAGCUGACCUUGCAGCACUGCAGCUAGGUGAAACAAUACAUUCCAUGGUGGUGAAGACAGGAUAUGAAGUGAACUUUUGUGUUAGCGGAAGCCUGGUUGAUAUGUAUGCCAAAAAUGGUGAUCUUGAAGGAGCUCAUUCUGUGUUUCAGAUGAUCAUGAAACCUGAUUUGAAAUGCUGGAAUUCAAUGAUUGGAGGAUUUGGUAAUCAUGGACAUGCUAUGCGAGCCUUUGAGCUUUUCAAUGAGAUGGUGCGGCAAGGGCUGCAACCUGAUCAUGUUACAUAUGUCUCUUUGUUAUCAGCCUGUGGUCAUUGUGGCUUUGUUGAGAGAGGAAGGUUCUAUUGGUUUUGCAUGACGUGUGAUGGAAUUAUGCCUGGGAUUAAGCACUAUACUUGCAUGGUUAGCAUGCUGAGUCGAGCUGGGCUAUUGUUGGAAACAGAAGAGUUGAUUAUGAAAUCACAGUUUGAGAGCUCUCCUGAGAUGUGGAGAAUAUUGUUGAGCUCAUGUGCUACUUUUAGGAACUUGGAUAUGGGCAUCCGUGCAGCAGAGCGGGCUUUAAUAUUAGAACCAGAGGACAGUGCAACAUACAUAUUGCUUUCUAAUCUUUAUGCUUCUGUCGGCAGGUGGGAUGAGGUGGCUAAAAUGAGAAAAAAGAUCAGAGAAUUAAUGCUGGAAAAAGAACCUGGUUUAAGCUGGAUAGAAAUAAAAAACAGAACCCAUGUAUUCUCUGCUGAUGAUGAAUCUCACACUCAGAUAGAUGAUUGCCGAAAUGAACUAAUGAGACUACAAGGAAACUUGAAGGACCUGGGAACAUGUGAACAAUUUUUGUUUGACAUUUUAUUAGAUUAGGUAAAGUAACAAGGGAGUAGCAAUUCAAAGAAUGUGAUGGAAAACAAUUUGGAUGUUCACAUGUUAAUAUUUGAUUAACAUAGCCAUCAAUCAAUACUUAGAAUCUGAAAGGUUAAUUAUCGACACAGAUCUGAGUGGAUGAAAUCAAACUGUCAGCUGUUUACAGCAUAUAUUAUAAUUUAAUAAUCCACCACAUAAACACUGAAUCAUGCAAGAUAGAGCUUGAAAGCUGUGUCCAACUUUGUGAUCAAAUUUACAUCUUCUGUAUGUCUAAAUGAUAUGGAAAAGGCAUGCCCUCAUGAGAUGUUCUGAAAACAACUAGAGCUAGCUGUGCCCUUCAUAAUGAAUAUAUUUAGGCUGUUAACCUUUCAUGAAAAACAAGAAGGUUUUGCAGGUGAGCAGGUUUAAUUUUUAUUGUCAUUAUCAUUGGCACAAGAGGAAUGUUAAGGUUAUCUGAUAUAACGAAUUGUUUUGUUAUGUUUAUUGUUUUGUGAUUCUAUCACAAUCAAGAAAGCUAACUUAUCCAGGUGGUGAAGUGUCAAGGUGUAUGAACACAACCAUAUCUUAUGCUAAGGAAUGGCAGUUUGAUGUAACUGUAGAGGAGGAAAAAAAAAUUGAGUCCUCGAGCUCCUUUUUCAACUUAUUGGACGUACGGAAAUCUUGGAAGCCCAACUUUUUUCCCAGUUUGCUUGACAUCCUCCUGCACCUGCUUCCUGAACUCACCAAAGGUGAAGAUCUUAUAGAGUGAUACCUCUGUGCAG